UGCUCUACAAGGGGCAGAACCUCACCGUCUGCUUCCCGGGUGUCCGGCAGGACGAGCUGCAGACUGAGGACACCACUGUUGCCGUCCUGGGGGCUGCCAUCAUGUACGCCUGCGUGCUCUUCGCAUGUAAUGAAGCUUCCUACCUUGCCGAGGUCUUCGGGCCCCUCUGGAUGGUCAAAGUCUACAGCUUCGAGUUUAAAAAACCCUCCUGUUGCUUCUGCUGCCCCGAGAAGAUGGAGGAGGAGCUCAGAGGCACCGAGCAGACGUGUGAGCAAGCAGAGGAGACCGCCGGGGGACGGUGCAUCGUUCAGGAUGAACGAGACCGGGUGGUCUACAGCUACUCAGCCUUCCACUUCGUCUUCUUCCUCGCCUCACUCUACGUCAUGAUGACCCUCACCAACUGGUUCAGCUAUGAGAAUGCAGUGCUGGAGACCACCUUCACACACGGCAGCUGGUCGACCUUCUGGGUGAAGGUGUCCUCGUGCUGGGCCUGCGUCCUGCUCUACCUGUGGCUGCUGCUGAGCCCCCUC